AUGCAGGAACGUAUCCAUAGCGUUAAGCGUCACAGGUUGUACGAAGAAAUCGUGCAGCAGUUUCAUGCCCUCAUCCGCCAGGGAAUGCUGAAACACGGCGACCGUCUCCCCUCGGAGCGAGAGUUGUCGGAACAGUUCAAAGUCAGCCGCAGUUCAGUGCGGGAGGCCAUCCGAUCCCUGGAACUGCAAGGAUUAGUGGUCAGCAAGCGCGGGUCCGGUACCUUCAUAAACACCGAAGACCUGGAGGCUACGCUGGACUUGGUGGCGGCGAAUCUCAACGUCGGAGAGGCGGCUCUGCAGGACGUAUUUGAGAUGCGCCACCUCAUGGAACCCCACAUCGCGGCCCUGGCAGCCCAGCGCGCUACCCCGGAUGAGGUGGAAGCCAUGCGGGAAAUUCUGGAGGAGCAGCAGCGCCAGAUCGAUUUCGGUGAGACCGGGGUCGAAUCGGAUACCGCUUUCCAUUUUGCCUUGGCGUCUGCAACUCACAACUCAGCCUCAUCAAAGUCGUAA